AUGGACGACCUCUCCGGCCUCGAUUGGUCCUCUAAGCCCACGGGCGGGCACCCGAAGCCGCCAGUUAUGAACUCGGCCUUUGCCUCAAUGCGACCAACACCAUCCCCGCUGGGUUCUGGACGCAAUACGCCUCUGUCCACCCAGGGUUCUGGUCCCUUGGCUCCGAAGCCAGCACUGGCGAAACCUUCGCAGGAUAGUUUCAGCAAUUUGAUGAAUUUUGGACAGGCAAAGUCAAAGCAGAAUCUGAGUUUGGCAGAGCGACAAGCGCAACUUGAGGCUGAGAAGCGCCAGAAGGAUGAGGAGAGGAGGAAGCAGCAGGAGGCACAGUUUGGUAAUGGCCAGUUCUGGGAUACACUUGGUAGUAGAGGGGCAUCCACGAGCCCUGCUUUGCAGCCACCUCCAGUCUCGAAGACGCCAAAGGCCGACGACGAUGACCUCUUUGCUGCCUUCCAUAAAGACACAAAGGUCGAUAACGCGAGCCACUAUCCCCCUCCCGAGUCCCACCGAUCGACCCCAGCGAGUGCAGCUCCCACAGCGCCACCGAUCAACUUGAAUGAUCCAAGCGCCUGGUCAUCUAAUGGAACUGGAACAAACGGAGGUGGAUUCGGAGUUGAGGAUGAUGAUCCAUUUGGCUUGAACGAGAUGAAACCUGCCGCCGCUCCUGCUGCGCCCAUUCAACAAGUUGACGAUGACGACUUCUUGGGAGAUCUUGCUCGUCCAGUUGAUGAGGUGCGACGUAAACAAGAAACAACACAACCCCGCCCGGAACCUGGAAAGCCUAUUGAAGAGGAGGACUCAAGCUCAUCUGACGAGUCGGUUCCUCAAGCACGUGAGCAAUUUACUGAACGACAGCCUCGAGUCAACAAGGAUCCUUUUGACAGGGCCGUGGCGCAGCUUGUAGAUUAUGGAUUCUCAGCUGAUGAUGCUCGCCGUGCUCUGGUCGAGAGCGGCGAGGGUUAUAAUGCACAAGCUGCAGUAAAUUGGCUUCUAGAUGAAGCACACAGGAAAUCCAAGGAGCAGGCGCAAGGAAAGACCUCAUCUGCUAGCUCUAGUAGACCUGCCAGUCGACCUCCAAGGGGCGACAGCAGAUCCCCAGCCGCAGGAGAACAGGACUUGACCAAGACGGCUGCUGCUGUUGGCACCAGUUUAUUUAAGACAGCCAACUCGCUUUGGAAGACCGGCCAGAAGAAGGUGCAGCAGGCAGUUGCUGAUUUCCAACAAGAAGGCGACCCAAGCCAGCCUAAGUGGAUGCGGGAAGCACAGCAGCAAUCCAGGGCACAAGGAACAGGAAAGGCUCGAGCAGAUGCUACAGACGAGGCCAUGAUGCUCGACGGUGGCCGUCCUCAACCUCGUCGUACUAACAGUAGGCCUGAACAGAGAACUACCUCCCAACCACCCAGAGGGCAGUCACCUGCUCACUCUGCUGGGAGUCGUGCCAGCCCUGUUCCUCGAUGGCAGCAGCAAGCACCGCCACCGACGUCGGCUUUUGACUCAAAAUCACGACUUAAUCGAUUGGCAGCAGAUGAUGACAGUUUCUCAACUUACAGGAGUCCCAACAGACGAAACAAAACUCCCUCACAAGCCACUUCACCGGCACCUGCACCUAAGCCAGCUGAGCCGGAACCUGAUCUGCUCUUUAACUCUAAGGAGGUCAGACCUUCUCAGUCUCUACCUUCAAGAUCGGCCCAGCCUUCGCCAAGGCCAACUACACAGGCCAAGCGGCCUUCACCCCCUGUCUCGAGGCCCUCGCCACGACCAGCUCGGGACAUUCCUUCGAUUAGUCCUGUUGCCCUGCAGACCUCGACACAGCACCGACUUCAAGGCACAGCUCAUUUUAAGAGAGGUGACUAUGCCGCUGCUCACUCUUCGUACUCGUCCUCACUAUCGGCCGUCCCACAAAUGCAUCCUCUCGCCAUUCUCCUCCUUUGUAACCGUGCCCUAACCGCUUUGAAAACUGGAGAGCCAAAACAAGCUGUUGACGACGCUGAUACUGCACUUAAACUUAUUGGACCUAGCAAUGGACAAGGUGAAGUGGUGUCUGUGAAGAAUGAGAGUGGAGUCGAUGAGAACCGAGACCUAAAAGACCUUUAUGGUAAGGCCUUGAGCAGGAAAGCCGAGGCUCUUGAACAGAUGGAGAAAUGGGCCGAUGCCAGCGCGGUCUGGCAGCUCUGUGUUGAGAGUGGUGUUGGUGGGUCAAAUGCCAUCAAAGGCCGACAGCGAUGUCAGAACACACUGGCACCCAAGCCCAAGCCAGCACCUAAACCAGCAGCCAAACCUCGACCAAGACCUUCGGCGACAGCUAGUCUCGGGCCUUCGAAGAGUUCUGAGGCUGUCGGUCGUCUCCGUGAGGCGAACGAAGCUGCAGCCAAAGAGGACGACGAGAAAUUUGUGCUUUCUGAGAAGGUCGAUGCCAAGGUAUCUGCCUGGCGGGACGGAAAGCGUGACAAUAUUCGUGCGCUCAUUGCCAGUCUUGAUACCGUACUGUGGGAGAACAGCGGCUGGAAGAAGGUGGGCUUGCAUGAGUUGGUUAUGAACAACAAGGUCAAGAUCUCGUACAUGAAGGCAAUCGCAAAGACACAUCCUGAUAAGCUCCCUCAAGAUGCAAGUACCGAGGUGAGACUGAUAGCAGGUUUGGUGUUUAGCACUCUGAACGAGAGUUGGGAUAAGUUCAAGGCGGAUAACGGGCUAUGA